AUGGAGAGGAGCAAAGGGGUUUUCAAGCGAUCUCAGGGUUCCAAAUCAUUUAUUAAAAUUUCGCUGAUUUCAAGAUUGGACGCCUCAAUCUCAACGCUGUUGCGCAGCUAUGUUGAACGCUUUCUUGAUCGUAUAAGCAAUGGUGUACGGGCAGAGGAUAGGCGUGCUGCGAUGGCAGAACUUCAGUCUGUUGUUGCUGAAAGUCGUUCAGCUCAACUAGCAUUUGGGGCAAUGGGAUUCCCUGUGCUCUUAAGUGUCCUAAAGGAAGAGCGUGAUGAUGUUGAAAUGAUCCGUGGUGCUCUUGAAACUCUUGUUAGUGCAUUGACUCCCAUUGACACUGCUCAUGGAGCUAAAAAUGAUGUUCAGCCUGCAUCAAUGAAUUCUGACCUUCUGUCUCGAGAGUCUGAAAACAUUGCCCUUCUUCUUAGUUUGUUGUCUGAAGAUGAUUUCUAUGUCAGAUACUACACGCUUCAGCUUCUUACUGCACUUCUUACACAUUCCCCUAAUAGAUUACAAGAAGCAAUCCUUUCAAUCCCUCGUGGCAUAACUAGACUUAUGGAUAUGCUCAUGGAUCGUGAGGUUAUAAGAAAUGAAGCCCUGCUCCUCCUCACAUAUCUAACCCGUGAAGCUGAGGAAAUUCAAAAGAUCGUGGUUUUUGAAGGCGCGUUUGAGAAGAUUUUCAGCAUUAUUCAAGAGGAGGGGGGUUCUGACGGUGGUGUUGUUGUGCAGGAUUGUCUUGAAUUGCUAAAGAAUCUCAUUCGUAAGAAUGCCUCCAAUCAGAUGCUACUUAAGGAAACAACCGGAUUCGACCCUAUAAUAUCAAUUCUGAAGCUACGCAGAGGUAGUGCCUUUAACUUCACUCAGCAAAAGACGAUAAAUCUGCUCAAUGCGUUGGAAACUAUCGAUCUACUUCUGAUGGGUGGUUUAGAGGAUGAUCCUGGGAGAGAAGCUAAUCGCCUUUCUAAUCAGAAUGCAUUGGCUCAGAAGAAAAUUUUGGAUCACCUUGUAAUGUUGGGUGUUGAAAGUCAAUGGGCUUCAGUGUCCGUGCGCUGCUUGGCUUUGCGUUGCAUUGGUGAUCUAGUCAUGAAAAAUCCGUAUAAUCAUGAUAGUCUGGCAAAUAAACUAGUUGGAGAGGAGCCUCAUGUUGAACCUGCUCUAAAUGCUAUUCUUCGGAUUACUUUACGAACCACCAUCAUGCAGGAAUUUGUCGCAGCUGAUUAUGUCUUCAAGUGCUUCUGCGAGAUGAAUACAGUUGGACAAGCAAUGUUAGCUUCCACAAUGGUUCCUCAACUCCAAUCUUCAAGUAAUUUUAAUUUUAAAGAUGAGGGAAGCAUGCCCUUUGGGAGCUUGCUCUUACAUGCACUACUAUCAAGUGAGGGUAACGAAGAUCUAGAGACUUGCUGCAGAGCUGCUAGUGUUCUUUCCUAUAUACUGAAGGACAAUGCACAAUGCAGAGAACGGGUUUUGAAAAUCGAGCUUGAUGUGCCAGUCCCAUCUUUGGGUUCACCAGAGCCACUCUUGCAUCGCGUUGUAAAAUUUUUUGCACUUGCAGUCUCAACUAGAAGUAAAGAUAAUGGCCAGAGUAGAAUAAAUACAGAAAGUGAAUCAUAUAUCCAACCCAUUAUUCUCCGAUUACUGAUUACCUGGCUGGCAGAAUGCCCGAAUGCUGUAAAAUGCCUUUUAGAUUCUCCACCACAUCUAACUUAUCUACUUGAACUUGUUUCAAGUCCAUCUGCUAGCAUAUUUGUGCGAGGACUAGCAUCUGUUAUUCUGGGGGAAUGUAUUCUCUAUAACAAGUCUGAAGAGAGUGGAAAAGAUGCCUUUAGUGUGGUUGAUGCCAUUAGUCAGAAAAUUGGUCUCACUGCAUACUUCUUGAAUUUUGAUGCAUUACAAAAGAGCUUUAUGUCCAUCUCUCCCUCUUCAGUUCAACAUCUUAAGCCGUUGUCAAGAUCUAGUGCGGCUAGCAUGGUUGACAUGGAAGAGAUUGAAAAGGAUGAAAUGAAUCAGAGACAUGAGCAUGAUCCCGUCCUUGCAGCCAUUUUUGAUUUCAGUUUUGUUACUUCUCUGAAAAGGCUGGAAGUGGAUAUUAGAAAUAUUGUUGUGGAUGUCUACAGCCAUACAAGGAGCAAGAUUACGGUUGUGCCUGCCGAAUUGGAGCAGAAGGACGGGGAGUCUGAGAAAGAUUACAUAAAACGGUUGAAGACAUUUAUAGAGAAGCAAUGCAUUGACAUGCAGGAUCUGCUAGGUCGAAAUGCAACUUUGGCUGAGGAAAUGGCAAGGACUGGACGAGCCGGUGCAUCUGACCCUGCUGAUAAACCAAGUAGUGGCAGGGAAAGAGUUCAGUCUGAAGCAUUGCGCCAAGAACUCAAACAAGCAGUGCAAUCCAUCGAGGAGCUCAAAUCUGAAAAAGCCAAGCUAGAGGCCGAAGCUUCCCAUUAUCGGAAUGUAGCCGGAAAGAUGGAAUCCGAUCUGAAAAGCCUAUCAGAUGCAUACAACAGCCUCGAACAAGACAAUUACCGAUUGGAAUCGGAGGUCAAGGCUCUUCGAAAGGGCGGAGACGCCACAUAUCCUGAUGUAGAAGUCAUCAAGGCAGAAGCAAGAGAAGAAGCUCAGAAGGAAAGCGAAACCGAGCUCAAUGAUCUGCUGGUUUGUUUGGGCCAGGAGCAAAGCAAAGUAGAGAAGCUGAGCUCCCGGUUAACGGAGCUCGGUGAGGAUGUGGACUCACUCCUUGAAGGUAUAGGAGACGAAACCGGGCUGCCAGAUGACGACGAUGAUGAUGAAGACGAUAAAUGAGAUUUACGAUCGAAUUGUCAUCUCUCUUCCAUGAAUGAAUGUUUUACUUAACAGCAGUUCUUGCAUACAUUUUAAUGGUGGAUUGGUGUAAAAUUGCCUGGAGAUGUUGAUUGUACAUAGUGAACACUGAACAAACAAAAGAACUUCUCUCAGCACAGCAUCUUCUUUUUUUAAUAUUUAAGUUAUUUGUUAUUUA